AUGUCUUCUCAAAAUACAAAUAUUUCAACAAUAGAAAACUGUUUCCGAAAUAUUGAAUUGGUCAAAAAUAUUUGUCAAUUUCUAACAUACGAACAGCAAUUGCAAUUGUUAAGAGUUAACGAAGAAUUACAAUAUAUUAUUAAAAAUUUUGUGUGGAAUAUACAAUUUAAAGAAGUUGAAGUUUAUGUUUUAAAAGAUUGUGAGAAAUAUUUAAUAUCAAAUAAAAUUGACACCGAAGCCAGCACUUACAAUAGAUAUGUUCACAUACCUAAUUUACGCGAAAUAUUUAGUCAAACUAAUAUCUGUUUGGAAAAAAAUGAAAUUGAAAUUUUCUUCAAUUUAAAUGCUAAAAAUAUACAGAAAAUGCAAUUUAAAUUAAAUGCGAAUAUUCAAAGGGAUCGGGUUAAACUGCCUCCAAUGGAAAAAUUUACAAAUCUCACCUACCUAAGAUAUGAGAAGGUUAUUUUAAGCAAUAGAGAUGUAAAAAAAUUGGCAAAGAAUUGUUUAAAAUUGAAAACAUUGGACUUGUUCAAUUGUCGUAAUAUAGAAGGUCAACCUUUGGUAUUGGAUAAGGAUAUUGAUGUUUCGGUAUUGCAAAAAAUGGCUAAUUUAAAUAACCUAUUUAUAAACUACACAGACUGGUGUGAUGGACAACAUUUGUACAACUUUUCUAAUGUCCAACACAUUUUACAACAAUUAAAAUUGCAGCGUCUUAGCAUAUGUUGUACUAUAGAAUCGGACGAAUAUGCAGAUAAAGAGGAUUUCAAUUUCAGCAGUUUAAGUUAUUGUCAAACUUUUGAAAUUGGUCUUUGUGAUGUUAUCGAUUUCUUAGAAUUUCAAUCGAAUAUUUUGCCUAAAUUUGAAAAUCUUUCCGAAUUAACGAUCAAUGAAUACAAAAGUAUUACCACCGAUUUUUUUAAUACUCUACUAAGGUCCUGUAAAAAUUUAUUUCAUUUAUCUUUAAAUAAGUGCUACCUUCAUGAUUUCAUAGGCCUUCCCCAAUUAAAAAAACUUACACUAAUAUCUUGUUGUGGCUUGAGUGGCUCAAAUUUAAAAACCAUUUUGCACGAUCUAAAGUUAUCAAGUUUCAAAUCGAUUGCUACCCAUUAUAAAGGAGAUAUCGACAAUUUUCUGAUUUCAUCAACUUUAGAAAUAUUACAAUGUGAUUUCUGCGGUGAAAAACUAAUGCGGCUGUUCCAGUUUAAUAAACAAAAUCUUAAAAACUUAAUAUUUUUCAAUUGGGAAAUAUGGGGCUGGGACGCAAGUGAAAUAAAACUUUCAAGUUUUGCUCCCAACUUACAAGUUUUAUACAUUCCUUGGCGUUAUCUAAAUAAAAAUGAUUGUUCCGAAUUGAAAUCUUUGCGUAAAGUAAUUCUUGAUUUAGAUGCCAAUAUCGAUAUAAAUAUGUCAGAAUUGCUGCAGCUGCUAAAACUUGAAAACUUAAAAGAACUAACCAUUGAUGACGUAUAUGUUCCCAAUCCGGAUGUUUGUUUUAGUAAACUGAAAGCUUUUAAGACCAAUCUGCAACAUCUAAAUGUCAUCCGUGAAGUUUUCUAUGCUUUAGAAGAUUUUUGUUUAGAUUUAUUACAGCUAAAUAGAAAGUUGAUAUUAACUUGUUUCGAUAUAACUACCGAUUUAGUUUAUAAAAUUUUGAAUAAUGCAAAGUUUCCCAGCCGUUUUAAAUAUAUUAAUAUUUGUGGCAUUACUAUAGAUUGCAUCCUAAUUCGGCAGCAGUGUAAGGAAACUAUUGAACAAAUAGAAUUACUUGUGGAUAACUUCAGUAUGACAAAAUGUUAUUUGAUUUUAGAAUAAUGGCGAACUAAUUCAAAUGACCGGAUUGAAUUUAUAAAAAAACAUGUUGCACACUUACAAUGAAAAAUUAGAAUCACAAUGUUCUGCAAUAUCCUCUAAAUUUCGUCUAUAGUCUAGUCUAUAGUCUAGUCUAUAGACUAGACUAAAGAGUAGACUAUAGUCUAGUCUAUAGUCUAGUCUAUAGUCUAGUCUAUAGUCUAGUCUAUAGUCUAGUCUAUAGUCUAGU